AUGGUUUUACCUUACUUUAAUACUUUUUCUGCUACAACUGGUAGCGACCCCAGCCUGUCCCCGGAUUCGCAAGACCCCAGCCAGGACGACGCCAAGGACUUGGAAAGCGCCAAUAUCUCCGACAAGGAGGUGGGCAGCAAUGAGAACGACGACCAAAAUCUGGGGGCCAAACGGAGGGGGCCCCGCACCACCAUCAAAGCCAAACAACUGGAGACCCUCAAAGCAGCCUUCGCCGCCACUCCGAAACCCACCCGGCACAUCCGUGAGCAGCUGGCUCAGGAGACCGGCCUUAACAUGCGGGUCAUCCAGGUUUGGUUCCAGAACAGGCGUUCUAAGGAAAGGCGCAUGAAACAGCUGAGCGCCCUGGGGGCCCGCAGGCACGCAUUUUUCCGCAGCCCUCGCCGCAUGAGACCGCUGGUGGACCGUCUGGAGCCGGGCGAGCUCAUUCCCAAUGGGCCGUUUUCCUUUUACGGAGAUUAUCAGAGUGAAUAUUAUGGACCCGGAAGCAAUUAUGAUUUUUUCCCGCAAGGACCUCCAUCUUCCCAAGCGCAGACCCCAGUGGAUCUCCCCUUCAUACCCUCCUCAGGACCAUCAGGGACCCCACUUGGGGGGAUGGACCAUCCCGUACCUGGACACCACCCGUCCAGCGAAGCUCAACGUUUCACAGACAUCAUGUCCCAUCCUCCCGGAGACUCGCCUAGCCCGGAACCCAAUUUACCUGGUUCCUUGCACUCCAUGUCAGCAGAAGUCUUUGGACCAAGUCCUCCAUUUUCGUCCAUAUCGGUCAACGGGGGUGGUAACUACGGUAACCACUUGUCACAUCCACCGGAAAUGAAUGAGGCUGUUGUAUGGUAG